CCGCUCUCCAUUUAUUCCUUUCCAGUUCCGCCGCUCCAUUCCCAGCUCCCACCACCAAGGGCAAUCCCUCUCCGACAUCCAAUCCAAUACAAUCACGCCUGCGCACACGCAACCCCAGCUCAAGCCCCAAGUCCAAACCCUAACCCGGCGGCGGAAGAUAUGGCCGACACGGGGCGCGACGCCUUCCCUGACGAGGCGGAGCCCGCGUUCACCCUCGACGAGUACAUGGAGGACAUCGAGGCCGUGGAGCUGGAGGCGGAUUUGGUGCUGGGCGGGGACGAGGGCAAGGAGUGCACCUACGCCGGCGGAUACCUCAAGCGCCAGGCCGUCUUCUCCUGCCUCACCUGCGUGCCGGAUGGAGUCGCCGGGGUCUGUACCGCCUGCAGCCUCGCCUGCCACGACGGGCAUGAGAUUGUUGAACUUUGGACAAAGCGGAAGUUUCGUUGUGAUUGUGGCAACUCAAAGUUUGGUGGUCACCUUUGCAAACUCUGCCCUGAGAAAGAUUAUGAGAAUUCAGCAAAUACUUAUAACCAUAACUUCAAAGGUUCCUAUUGCACAUGUGGGCGGCCUUAUCCUGACCCAGAAGCUAAGGAGCAAGUUGAAAUGAUACAAUGCUCUAUAUGUGAGGACUGGUUUCAUGGGGAUCAUAUUGGUCUUAACUCUAUUGAAGAGAUACCAAGAGAUGAGGAAGGGGAGCCACUCUAUGAGGAAUUGAUAUGCCACAAAUGCUCAUCUGUCUGCCAUUUCUUGAAAUUGUAUCCAGAUACAAUUUGGGCUUCUGGUAAGCCAAAUCUGGCAGUGGAAACUGAUGCAAGUGACUCGAAUGUGAUGAAAAAACCUUCAGGGCAUGCUGACCCUGAGAAACAUGAAAAUGGUGCUCUUGUUGAUAAUACGGUUGGCGAGAAGACCUCUGUUGAGAAUGAUUCUACAAAAGCUAUUGCAGUUCCUGAGGAGGCCAAUUUGGGUAGCAGUUCUGGCAACAACUGCAAGUUAGGAGUGGAUGUGAAUACAAUGCCAGCUAUUACAGAUAAAAGUGAGCCUUUUUUCAUGUCUAAAGGUUGGAGGGAGACACUAUGCAGGUGUGAAACAUGCUUCAACUUCUAUGCACAACGAGGUAUUGCAUAUCUUAUUGACAAGGAGGAUUCUAUUGAGGAAUACGAGAAGAUUGCCAAGCAGAAGAGGGAGAUGAAACUGGAGCAGCAGCAAGGAGCUGAGACAAAUUUUCUGAAUUCACUUAAUCAUGUUCAGAAGAUAGAGAUGAUAAGUGGCAUCAAUGACAUGAAGAAUGAGUUUCAGUCCUUUCUGGAGUCCUUCGAUGCAUCAAAACCGGUAACAUCUGAUGAUAUACAUUCAUUCUUCGAGAAUCUUGCUAAGAAGAAGAAACAGAGGUUAUCUUAGCUUUUGUGACCGCAUCGGACCCUACCCGAGGCAACCGUUCUGCUGGACAGAGGUCCUAGUUUGUUGGGCUAGUAAAUGUAAUGUUAUCUUAGGUGGUACUUACUAAUCGGGCCAGUAAUGUUGAAUUCUAGCUGGAACGCGGUAAUGUUUGAUGCACCGAAGUCGCUUGCAGUAGGUUCCGAUGGCCCAAGCCACCAAAAACCUGUUUGCUCCAUGAACCUCAAUCCUGUUAGGUGAUAAUAUAAUAUACAUUGUGUUGCCACCGUGCUUU